AUGGCAUUGAAGGCAGUUGAUAAGCACCAUAGAUUGAUUUUGCUGGGUCUCUUUGGAUGGAGAUUAUUCAAUGCAUUGAUUACGAGGACUUUCUUCCAGGCUGAUGAGUUCUGGCAGGCGCUAGAACCGGCUCAUUUCAAGGCAUUUGGAUAUGGAGGACUCACCUGGGAGUGGAACAAUGGAUUGAGAUCAUAUGCCUUCCCAUUUUUAUUGGAGAUAGCUUAUCGGUUGGCUCGAUUGGUUUCUAAAGGGUGUCAGUAUCACUGGGGAGAAGACAGGGGAGAUAAAGUAGAAUACUAUUGUGUGAUCAUUUUCCCUAAGGUCAUGAUGGCUUUUAUAGCUGCCCUUGGUGAGUUAUAUACCAUUUUGUUUGUUAAGAAGCUAUAUUUAUUGACUUUCGAUAAGACGGAUGACAAGAAACCUCAUGACGAUUGGAAUGUCGAGAAAAUUACCAUCAUAUUAUCGGUGACCAAUUUCUUUAACUGUUUCUUGAUUACAAGGACUUUUAUCAACUCUUUUGAGAUGAGUUUGACAUCAGCGGCACUAUAUUACUGGGAUUGGACCGGAGGUGAUGAAGUUUUUACAACAAAUUUUACCAAAUCACUAUGUAUUGCAGUUUUUGCGUGUUUGCAAAGACCUACGAAUGGAUUGAUAUGGAUUAUUUUUGGCUCAAGAUUAAUUUGGAACCUCUUUGUCAAGAGCCAGUAUGGUAAAGUGCUUCGUUUGAUCGGCAAGGUCGCUUUUUGGUUUGCCCUAGUCUGCUCAAUUAAUAUGAUAAUUGAUUAUCAUUUUUACAAUGAGAACAUUUUUCCACCAUUGAACUUUCUUCGAUUUAACGUAUUGAGCCCCUUAUCAACCUUCUAUGGUGCUAACCAAUGGCAUUUCCACAUCACACAGAGUUUACCACUCAUACUAAACUAUACUAUUCCACUAUUUUGUCUGGGACUGACUUAUGGGCGCCAUUCUGAUGUUUUAACUCAGAUUAAAAUUGUGAUAGGCUUCAAUCUGAUUGCUUAUUCUAUGUUAUCACACAAGGAAUUUCGAUUUGUCUACCCAUUGCAACCUUUGCUCGUUUUAAUCUCUACCUUUGGUGCUUUAAAAUUGCAGGAAAACAAUGUUUUGAAGCAUUGCUUUCUUCUUUUGGCUCCAUUAGGAUCUAUUAUUGCUGCUUUCCUUUUAUGUUGGUACCAUGAAUCAGGAACCAUAGCUGUUAUGAAAUAUUUACAUGAUCGGCCAGUUGUCGAUAGUAUUGGUUUUAUCAUGCCCUGUCAUUCGACUCCCUGGCAGUCUUAUUUACACAGAAAUGACAUCAAAAGUCUUUGGGCAAUUACUUGUGAUCCACCACUGCAUUUGAUGGGUGAUCCUGAUGCAAGUGCGAAGCUGCCGUACUAUAUGGAUGAGAGUGACUUUUUGUAUGAUGAUAUUUCGGGAUUCAUAGAACGAAAUUUCCCCCUGCUGGAUAUUAAUUCAUCUAAGCGACACACUUAUCAAUAUGAAUGGCCUCGUUUAUUGGUGGUUUUCCAACAUUUGGAGAAUGCUUACAUCAAGGAACAUUUGAAAGAUAAUGCUUACGUGGAGGAAACUAGAUUUUUCAAUUCAUUGGUACAUUGGGACUCGAGAAGGGAGGGGGAUGUUAUUGUAUACCGGAAGUUAUAG